CAGGCCGACUCGGCCAGUGACGGCCAGGACGUUGCGCUGACUACGUCGUUCUUUAAUUCCCGUUUCCCGAGAACAGUGACAAUAUUUACGAAUUAUUAUUAUUUCAUAAAUGAAACUGUCAAGACAACUACGAGUCUCAACGGUAUCUCAAUGUCUCGAGUUUAAUAAAUCGUUUAAAUUGAAUAGUUUAUCCAUUAGGAAGCUCAAGCAAUGAAUUGUAAAAACUAUUUGCAAUACAUUGAUUCCAACCAAUAUAAUUGAAGUAUUUAUUGAUUGAUUGAUUGAUUUACUAAUUGAUUUACAACAGUUCUAUAAAAGUACACGUGCAGUACGAUAAAAAAAAAAUGCAAAUCAAAGAUAAAAGGGUGAUGGUGACAGGAGGUGCAAGCUGCCUGGGUUUUAACGUCAGCAGAGAACUGCUUCGAAAUGGCGCUUCUAUGAUCGCGAUGAUAGAUAUUAGAGAGUCGGAUGGCAAGAAAGCAAUGGACAUGCUGAACGCCGAGUUUGGCCGCAAUCGCGUCAUCUUCUUUCACUGCGAUGUCACAAACAAUGUCGAAUUUGAUGAGACGUUCAAAGAAGCUGUAAAGACUCUUGGAGGCCUGGAAAUUUUGGUGAACAAUGCCAGUAUGAUUAAUGAAAAUGAUUUCGUGAAAGCCAUCGACGUGAACGUAACUGCGGUGAUACGCGGUACGCUUCUAGGAAUCCAACAAAUGCAAAAGGACGCUGGCGGAAAAGGGGGUGUUAUCGUGAACGUCUCGUCCGAGGCUGGUCUGAGUUCCGCAUCUCAUCUUCCAGUAUAUUCCACCACGAAACAUGCCGUAGUCAGCUUUAGUCGAUCUUUUUCGCAACCUUAUCAUUACCAGAGGACUGGCGUCAGGAUCGUAGUGUUGUGUCCUGAACUCACUGGGAAUCUAAUUAUGGAAAAUUUGGCAAACAACUGUCCGGAAAAUGAAACAAUAAAUAAAUUCUGCAGGAGAGUCGAUACUAUCGCACACGGAUUGGUCUACGUGGUCCGAUGCGCUCAAAACGGAAGUAUUUGGAUCAGUGAGGAUGGAAAACCUGUAUACGAAGUGCAAUUACCUGAUGUCCUACCACAGAAAGUAGACGAUCCUAUAAUGGCAGAAGACGAGCAUAAAAUAGAAAUAAAUUAAAUUGAUGAAUUUGUAAACAAUACUUUAGUGUAGUUAUUGCAUUGUUUAUAACUCUUUUAUAGUUGAAUGCAACUUCUAUGUACAUAGAUCUUAAAAA